GUACAACGAGCGAGCGAGACAGAGAGAGAAAGAGAGAGAGACCGCGGAAGAGCAUUGUGCGUUUUUUUAUUGGCUUAAAUAUCACUCGCGGUCGGCCGACUAGAAUAUUUCGCGCACCGAUCUACCCCUUGGGAUUUCUCCAGCGAUCAUCGGAUCAAUCAUGACGACUGAGGACCGGAAGUUGGAGCCGGAGGAUGACGACGUGGCAUACAAAACGAAGGUCGUCCAAUUUCUUGGCCGCCCCACCCCAAUCGUCCUUCAGAACGACAACGGCCCAUGCCCGCUCCUUGCCAUCUGCAAUGUUCUGCUGCUUCGGAAUAGCAUUCAUCUGAACCUGGAUGCACCGGAAGUGCCGCUGCAGAAGCUGCUUUCUCUUGUGGCGGAGAAACUCAUCGAUUCAAACUGCAGCGUGCAGGACAAGGACGAUGGAUAUCUGAUCAACCAGCAACAGAACAUUGCGGAUGCUAUUGAUCUUCUCCCUAGGCUCGCUACUGGGAUUGACGUGAACCUGCAAUUCAGAAAGGUUAACGAUUUUGAGUUUACGCGUGAAUGUGCCAUAUUUGAUCUCCUAGAUAUUGGAAUUUAUCAUGGUUGGAUAGUUGAUCCACAGGAUUCUGAUACUGCUGCUGCAAUUGGUUCUAAAUCUUACAAUGCGCUUGCUGGAGAGCUGGUUGCAUUUGAAGCAGGAAAGUCAGAUUUAGAAAAUAAGAAACCAUGUGAUAAUGAUUCUGUCGAUUUUGUCGCUGCAACAACUGCAGCAUUAGGAGUGCCAUCACCCUCACUUUCAAGAGGCAUAUCUUUUGAUUAUUGCCAAGAAUCAUUGCCAGUUGAUCAAAGAAAAGGUAAAGGUGAUAGAGAAGAGGAAGAGGAGCUGAUGAGGAUCUUGAAUCUGUCAAGAGCUGAAGUGCCAAGUCCUGCUAGUGAUUCUAUUUCAGCUGUUCCUCACAGUAAAGACGGAACUAAACCUUUUGCAUUUGAGAUUUCUACUAAGUCAAGUGUACAAGAUAAUGUGGAUGAUUCUGAAAAUUUCGAUCUGUCAGAUAAAACUAUUCCCCAGGAAUGUGAUGCAUCUAGUGAUUGCAAGGAUGAUGUAUUACACACACUAGUUUCAGUAGAUGAUGAUGCUUUACCUCUCAAUGGAAAUUGUGGAAGUAGCUCAGAGCAGAGAAAUCAUGUAGUUUCUACUUAUUCUUCCAUUGCCAGUGAUCUAACAAACAAUAUAAACCAAGAUCCAUUAGUUCUGUCGACAGAAGCUAAUGGUUCUGAUGAAUCUGGGGGUAGUGUGUCUUCUUUGAUGACAUCGACUGAGGAUUCAUUGACAUCUCAGCUUCAAAAUACAACUGAUGAUGAUGCAAAUCAUUGUGUUCCAGCAGAUCUCAUUGAUUCAGCUGCUCAGCAUUCAAAAUUUCAGCCCCAACUUGAAAGACAAGAACUUUUGGAUGUUGCUGAGAUUACUUCUAGUCUAGCAAUUAGUGAACCUAUAUAUGAAGGAGAAGACCACAUUCUUGAUUCUAGAUUAUCGGCUUAUGAGGAUCAAGAGCCAAUCUAUGAAGGUGAGAUGGUUCUUGCUGAACAGGCUAUUGUAGCUGGAGAAGAUGCUGGUUCUAUAGAUUCGAAUGAUCAAGUUACUGAGCGGCAAUAUCAAUUGAUUAAGAGCUUUCUCGAAAGUACAGCAAGCCAAUUGACAAUCUAUGGCCUUUUUUGCUUACAAGAAGGUUUGAAGGAAAGAGAACUCUGUGUCUUUUUCCGUAACAACCAUUUUAGCACUAUGUUUAAGUUCAAUGGAGAACUUUAUUUGUUAGUCACAGAUCAAGGUUACAUGAACCAACCUGACCUAGUGUGGGAGAAGUUGAAUGAGGUCAAUGGAGACACAGUUUUUAUGACAGGAAACUUUACACAAUUUAAUGCUGAUAAUCAAGUCAAUGACUCAUGGAAUGAGCAGAAUGCCAUCAAUAGCACCGCUGAUUAUCUAGCUACACUUGAAGGAUCGGUGCCAUCAAAUACAUCAUUCAAUUCUGAUCUUCAACUAGCAAUAGCACUUCAGCAACAAGAGUUUGACCAACAGCCCCAACAACCGCAACAACAACCACAACAGCAACCACAACAGCAAUCACAAAGUACCCAACAGUCAUCCAUAAGUGGUCGUUCAAAGCUUGUCACGGGUCCUCAGGUAUCAAGGAACACCAAUUUGACGCAGAAAAGUGAAUCAAAACUUAAGGAGAAAUGUACCAUAAUGUAAAAAAUAUAUUUUUAACUCUUACUGUAAUUGUGCUUAUUGUUCAUCUUGUAUUACAUGAUGCAAGUUUUGAUGUAAAGAAGAAUAUUACAAACAAUGUUUGCAAUAUAAGUUGGCUAUGUAUCCAUUCAUCUUUUGAUUUA